CAGGUUUCAUUCAAGACGUUCAUGCGUCAGCAACAGCUGUCCUGGAGCUCGUGCUGGCCCCGGGUCAGAGAGACAGACUUCAGCCUGAAGGAAGACCAAACACUGAAGGUUUUGUGGAAAUAUUUGCCUCACUGUGACAGGAGCUUGGUGUAGAGAUUCCCCAUUGUGGUGGUAUCUCUUCGCGAUGCCAAGAUGGCAAGCCUGCUCCCUCCCACAGGCACCAACGUCUUCCGACGAUUCACCCCGGAGUCGCUGGCGGAGAUCGACAGGCUCAUCCAGGAGAGGAGCACCAGAGAGGAAGUAGAGGGGGUUGAGGAGGUGCCACAGGCACCGAGCAUUGAUCUGGAGGCAGGAAAGGGCCUCCCAAUGAUCUAUGGUGACCCACCAAAGGAUCUCCUCAACACUCCUCUGGAGGACCUAGACCCCUUCUAUAAAACACAGAAAACUUUUAUUGUCAUAACAAAGGGAAACACAAUCUUCAGGUUCACUGCUGAACCAGCACUGUUUUGUAUCAGUCCUUUCAGUCUUGUCAGAAGAGGAGCCAUCAAAAUUCUUAUACAUUCAUUAUUUAGUAUGAUCAUCAUGAUCACCAUCCUGUCCAACUGCGUGUUCAUGACGAUGAGUAACCCCCCACCCUGGAGUAAAACUGUCGAGUAUGUUUUUACUGGUAUAUACACCUUUGAAGCAACAAUCAAAGUUUUGUCUCGAGGCUUCUUCAUCGGACCUUUCACAUUCCUCCGUGAUCCAUGGAACUGGCUUGAUUUCAUGGUGAUUAGCAUGGCGUACAUCACAGAAUUUGUCGACCUUGGUAAUGUGUCAGCACUGAGGACGUUUCGUGUGCUUCGAGCUCUCAAAACUAUCACAGUUAUUCCUGGUUUGAAAACCAUCGUUGGGGCUUUGAUUCAGUCUGUCAAGAAGAUGAUAAAUGUAAUGAUUUUGACUCUGUUUGCACUGGCUGUAUUUGCCCUCAUUGGCCUUCAGCUGUUCAUGGGAAAUUUACGUCACAAGUGCAUCCGUUGGCCCAUUGCCAACAGCACCAUCUUUGAUGACUACAACUCCACCAUGGUCAAUGACACCACCCUCAACGUCACAGAUACUUUCGAUUUCAAAGCGUACAUAGACAAUGAAGAAAACCAAUACUUUCUGGAAGGAAGUUUAGAUGCUUUAAUAUGUGGUAACAGCUCUGAUGCUGGGAGGUGCCCAGAAGGUUACACGUGUAUGAAGGCUGGACGAAACCCAAACUAUGGCUACACCAGCUAUGACAACUUUGGCUGGGCAUUUCUCACCCUCUUCAGAGUCAUGACUCAGGACUACUGGGAGAAUCUCUUUCAGUUGACCCUUCGUGCUGCUGGGAAGACCUACAUGAUCUUCUUUGUGGUGGUCAUCUUCCUGGGCUCUUUCUACCUGAUCAAUCUGAUCUUGGCUGUGGUUGCGAUGGCAUAUGAUGAGCAGAAUGAAGCCACCUUGGCUGAAGCUCUUCAGAAAGAAGAGGAGUUUCAAAGAUUACUUGAGCAACUCAAGAACCAAGAGCAAGAGACAGGCAGUAAAGCAUCUUUGGCCAGCCAGACAACACAAAGUCAAGGGUCAAACAGGACAGGUUCCCUGCAAAGUCUUGGUGGAGAUGAUGUAAUAAAGGACUGUAAUGGCCGAAUAGUGCCUCGCCUUGUCGUCAACAGAUCUUCCUUUAAGAAAGAGUUAUCAGCUGAAGAGGACCACAAGUCCAUGAGCUCCAAACACAGCAUGCAGUACCUGGACGAGCCCAAACUCUGCAAGAGAACAGCUAGUGCUAUCAGUGUGCUCACUGCAACUAUGGAGGAGUUGGAAGAUGCUCAGAGACCUUGUCCCCCUGGCUGGUAUAAGUUUGCUGAUAUUUUCUUUAAAUGGGACUGCUGCACUUCCUGGAUCAUAUUUAAGAAGUGGGUUCAUUUUGUAGUGAUGGACCCAUUUGCGGAUCUAGGUAUCACCAUCUGUAUUGUGCUCAACACACUUUUCAUGGCCAUGGAGCACUACCCCAUGAGUCCGGAUUUUGAACAUGUUCUCUCAGUGGGCAACUUGGUAUUUACAGGAAUCUUCACAGCUGAAAUGGUGUUCAAGCUCAUAGCUAUGGACCCCUAUUACUACUUCCAGGUGGGCUGGAACAUAUUUGACAGUAUCAUUGUAACACUCAGCCUGGUAGAGUUGGGACUGGCCAAUGUUCAGGGAUUGUCUGUUCUCAGGUCCUUCCGUUUGUUACGUGUCUUCAAACUGGCUAAAUCUUGGCCAACUCUUAACAUGCUGAUCAAGAUCAUUGGCAACUCAGUAGGUGCCCUGGGGAACCUAACGCUUGUCCUGGCCAUCAUCGUCUUCAUCUUCGCCGUGGUGGGCAUGCAGCUUUUUGGCAAGAGCUACAAGGACUGUGUUUGUAAGAUCUCUCAGGACUGCAAGCUGCCCCGCUGGCACAUGAACGACUUCUUCCACUCUUUCCUCAUCGUCUUUCGGAUCUUGUGUGGAGAGUGGAUCGAGACCAUGUGGGACUGCAUGGAGGUGGCGGGAGCGAGCAUGUGCCUGAUAGUCUUCAUGAUGGUCAUGGUCAUUGGAAACCUUGUGGUACUGAACCUGUUCCUGGCUCUGCUGCUCAGCUCCUUCAGCGGGGAUAACCUGUCUGGAGGUGAUGAUGAUGGGGAGAUGAACAACCUUCAGAUUGCCAUUGGUCGCAUCACCAGGGGUGUAGAUUGGCUCAAAGCCUUCAUCGCCAGUAUGUUGCAAAAGAUUCUAGGAAAGAACCCUCCUGAAAAUAAUGAGGGAGAAGGGGAAGGAGACAUAGAACUCCAUGCUAUAAACCACCUGGAUGAGGGGAAAAUGGCAGAUGACUUGACCAACUGUUUGCCUCCAGCCCUGACUGUACCUAUUGCUCGUUGUGAGUCUGAUGCUGAAGAGGACUCUGAUGAUUCUUCUGAUGAGGAGGAUGGAAAGGCCACUCUAAAUAAUGACGACUCUUCAGUUUGUAGCACAGUGGACUACCAGCCUCCAGAACCUGAGCCUGAGCCCGAAGAGGAAGAAGAACCAGAGCCUGAAGAGCCACAGUCCUGUUUCACAGAAGGUUGUAUUAAGCGAUUUAUGUGUUUGAAUGUAGACAUCACAGCAGGAUGGGGGAAAAAGUGGUGGAACCUUCGAAGAACAUGUUUCACCAUCGUUGAGCAUGACUACUUUGAGACAUUCAUCAUCUUUAUGAUCCUUCUUAGCAGUGGAGCACUGGCUUUUGAGGAUAUCAACAUUGAGCGUCGGAGAGUUAUCAAGAUUAUCCUGGAGUAUGCUGAUAAAGUCUUUACAUACAUUUUCAUAGUGGAGAUGUUACUGAAGUGGGUGGCAUAUGGAUUCAAAACCUACUUCACUGAUGCAUGGUGCUGGCUGGACUUCCUCAUUGUGGAUGUGUCGCUAGUCAGUUUAACAGCCAAUUUACUGGGAUAUUCUGACCUGGGACCAAUCAAAUCUCUUAGAACACUCAGGGCUCUGCGACCCCUUCGAGCCCUGUCAAGAUUUGAGGGAAUGAGGGUGGUUGUGAAUGCACUGGUUGGUGCAAUUCCCUCAAUUUUUAAUGUGCUGCUGGUGUGUCUGAUAUUCUGGCUCAUCUUCAGCAUAAUGGGAGUCAAUCUGUUUGCUGGAAAGUUCUACCACUGCAUCAACACCACUACGGAGGAACGCAUCCCGAUGGAUGUGGUCAACAACAAGAGUGACUGUAUGGCACUGACGCACACCAAUGAGGCACGCUGGGUCAAUGUGAAGGUCAACUAUGACAAUGUGGGAACCGGCUACCUCUCUCUACUUCAAAUUGCCACAUUUAAAGGCUGGAUGGAUAUCAUGUAUGCUGCAGUGGAUUCUAGAGAGGUGGAAGAGCAGCCAUCAUACGAGAUCAACCUUUACAUGUACCUGUAUUUUGUUAUUUUCAUCAUUUUUGGCUCCUUUUUCACUCUCAACCUCUUCAUUGGUGUCAUCAUUGACAACUUCAAUCAGCAAAAGUCUAAGUUUGGAGGGAAAGACCUUUUCAUGACAGAGGAACAAAAAAAGUACUACAAUGCCAUGAAGAAGUUGGGUUCCAAAAAACCUGCGAAACCCAUCCCUCGGCCAUCAAAUGAGAUCCAGGGUGUGGUGUUUGACUUCAUAACGCAACAGUUCUUUGACAUCUUUAUCAUGGUGCUUAUCUGCCUCAAUAUGGUGACCAUGAUGAUAGAGACAGAUGACCAGAGUGCUGAGAAAGAAGAUAUUCUGUAUCAGAUCAAUUUGGUCUUCAUCGUCAUCUUCACAGGAGAAUGCUUACUCAAGAUGUUUGCCCUCAGACAUUACUUUUUCACUAUUGGCUGGAACGUCUUUGAUUUUGUUGUGGUCAUGCUUUCUAUAGCAGGUCUGAUGUUAUCAGACAUCAUUGAGAAGUACUUUGUGUCUCCAACCUUGUUCCGUGUGAUCCGGCUCGCCAGAAUCGGCCGUGUGCUGCGUCUCAUCAGAGGGGCAAAGGGCAUUAGGACUCUUUUGUUUGCCUUGAUGAUGUCACUUCCUGCCCUCUUCAACAUCGGACUGCUUCUGUUCCUCAUUAUGUUCAUCUUCUCCAUCUUUGCCAUGGCUAACUUUGCCUAUGUGAAAAAGCAGGCAGGCAUCGAUGACCUCUUCAACUUUGAAACAUUUGGUGGCAGCAUCAUCUGCCUGUUUGAGAUCACAACAUCGGCAGGCUGGGAUGGGCUUUUGCUGCCUAUUCUGAACAGUGGCCCUCCAGAUUGUGACCCUGACAUAGAGAACCCUGGAACAGACGUUCGGGGUAACUGUGGGAAUCCUGGCAUGGGCAUCAUGUUUUUCUGCAGUUAUAUUAUCAUGUCGUUCCUGGUGGUUGUGAACAUGUACAUUGCUAUCAUUCUCGAGAACUUCAAUGUUGCUCAGGAGGAGAGUGGAGACCCGCUCUGUGAGGAUGACUUUGAGAUGUUUGACCAGACAUGGGAAAAGUUUGACGUUGAUGCUACACAGUUCAUUGCAUACAACCGGGUGUUUGACUUUGUUGAUGCCUUGCAAGAGCCUUUACGAAUUGCCAAACCCAACCGCCUCAAACUAAUUUCCAUGGAUCUGCCCAUUGUAACCGGCGACAAAAUCCACUGUCUGGAUAUUCUUUUGGCAGUUACCCAUGAGGUUCUUGGAGACACGAUUGAGAUGGCUGCCAUGAGGGAAAGCAUUGAAGCUAAGUUCACAAUGAACAAUCCCACAUCUGCCUCGUUUGAGCCAAUCACUACCACUCUCAGGAGGAAAGAGGAAGAGCGCGCAGCCAUUGCGGUUCAACGUACAUACAGGAGACAUCUCCUUAAACGAGCUAUCCGCUAUGCUUGCUUCAUGCAUCGUUCAAAGAGGAAAGUUAGGAGUCUGGGCGAUGAGGAACCUCCUGAAACCGAAGGGUUAAUUGCAAAGAGAAUGGAUGCCCUGUAUGGCAGCGAUCCAGAACUCUCCAAGGCUUUUGAACUGCAGACUAGUCCAAUGUUGCAUAAUGCACGGCCACCCAAGCCCACCUCUGUCACACAGCACAGAGUCUCAGUGACGUACCCACGACCACAGGGGCAACUGAUAGUACCAGUGGAGCUCACAAGUGAGGUGGUCCUCCGGUCUGCACCCACAACACAUGGCCUCUGCGGUUCAGAGAAUGCAACAAUAAAAGAGUCAAUAGUAUAACUGGUGGGCAAUGACUAUGGACUAAGAAAAUCCUUGCAAUGUAAAAUGAAGUAUCACCUGCACUCACUGAACAACAUAUGCUCCAUAAACAAGAUAGCUUGAUGGAUUACGCAGGACUGCUACAGUGUGACAGCAUUGGAAUGCUAUUUCUUGGGAGUACUUUUUUUAUUAUUUAAACUUUUGUAAAGACCUGAUUUAUUUAGAAUUAAUGUAAUUUUUUUCCCGAUGAGAAAUGUCCCAGUAUAUUUGUCAUGACUUAGCCAAGUUCUUUUGCUUUUAUAUGUAUAAAUGUUUACAGUCAUGCAGUUACAGUUUUUUUUUAAUUCUACCCAAUUAUAGCAUCACCAAGAGGCUAAGUGCCAUACUUUGCCACGAUUUGGUGAAUCUCAUUCACUCCAAAGUUAAUAGCCAUUAAAGUAAAAGUAGCCACGCCCACUUAGAACUUUUGGCACCAUCAUGGCAUGAGUCCAUUUUUUUUUUUUUUUUUUUUUUUUUUUUGAUAAUCAUUGAUAUUUAGCCUCCAGAGAAUCUUUCUGCACUGGUUUGGUUCCUUUUGGGUGAAAAGCCUGGGAUUAAUUUGCAAGAGUGAGUUUUGCAAAAAAUAUAAACAAAUAAUUCCAAUAUGGCAAAAAUAUUUUCAUGGUGGAAAUGUAUGGAGCCCCACACAUGACAUGCAGGAAAAAAAUAUUAGGCUUAUUCGUGUGCAAGAUUUACUAUUUAGUUCCCUCAAUUUGCUAAAUCAUGCACACGAUUUAUAAAUAGAGAUUUAAUUAGUGAACUGUUUGCACGAUUUAGCAAAUCGAGGGAGUGAAAUUGUAAUAGUGUGAACAUUUUACUACAUAGAGGGAAUGAAUUAGUAAAUCGUGCACACAUUUUAUUUAUUUUUUGCAUGUGCAAGGCUCCGUACUAUCAUAAUGUAGCUGUUUCAUAUCCCGCACACUAAAACGAAGUAAUUAGUAGUUCUCUCAAUAAGCUUGCAUUUUACAGGUUUAUCAUAUUUUUCACCUUGUCCUAAAUAAUCUUUUUGCAUACUUGUUGGAGGUUGUAUCUGUAUUUAUAGCUCCUGGACACUUAAUAAUUAGAUUUUUAAAUUCUCUCCGAUAAUGAUCAGUCCCUACAGUACACUUAUCAUUGGUAAAAACCAUUAAAAAAACACUGGUACUGAUUAUAACUCUUACAUAUGCCUCAGUCUGUCCAGACUCUGUUUAGUCUACUGAACUAUUUAUAAUCUCAGUUCAUGGCAUACCAGUUUACAGCAGAAUGGUGGAACGAGUAGAACAGAAACUGAUCCUUUACAGUGGGGUGUAUGGAGCCACUUUGAGCAGAAUGUACCACUAUGAAAAACAUAUACAGUGCCCAAUGACUCUAAUUAAUGUAUAACUUGAAGCAUUGAAACCAUAGUGCAAUUUGUAGCACCUUCUAAUGCCCUGAUAGUCAAAACAGCUUGAUUUCUUCUACUAGGAAAAUCUAGUAAAUCCAUGUUCUUAUUCAGAAGUUAAAGUAACCUAGAUAGAAUAAGCACAUCUAUUCAACACAAAGACAGCACUGCACUAUUAAUAGCCCAUUUGAAUUGGGUGUCAUAGUGUCCAUUAUCAUAAUCUGAUGAAUAAAUUAUGAAAAUAUGAGUUCCUCUGAUAACUCUGUUGCAAUUACAUCAGAUGUUACUCAAACUUAGAAAGGAACAUUUGUAGUAUGACAAGGGCAUUACCCUGUGCUUUAUAAUUGAUUUCCUUCUUUACAAAAAGAGCCUGAAGUGUCCAGUAGAUGCCACACACAAUUCUUACCUAAAUUAGUUUUAGUAACUGUGAGUCAUAGCUAAAAGUUGUAAUAUAUUAGAGACAUUUAAUGAUGCAUUUCCUCUGAAGUCUUAAUGUGACUGCAAAUGUCUUAUUUCUUAAAACUCUUAAAUGAAGCACUUUUGAGAUACUUAUAUUUACCUCUUGUAUAGUUUUUAGAUUUGGUCUCUUAUUACAAAAAAAGUAUUAAUUUACUGUAUGUUCAAAUGAGAAUUUAUUUUGUUGAGGUAAAAAGAAAAUCUCAUGCGCUUGUAUGUAAUCUGUGUGUAGUUUUGUGCACUUUUUGGUUUCAUAUUGAUUUUGUUAAUAUGCAGAUAAUUUUCUAUCGUUUACAUUUUUAUCAUGGAAAGAGACAUUGCCGUGCUUUAGCUUUAGCUCGCCUCUAAUUGCCUGUACAUACACUUGAUGCAGAUGCUGUCUUUUCUUUGUAUCUUCACUUGACAACAUUUAAUUCAAUGUGCAUUUAAACCUUUCAUAGAAUAAAUUUGAUAAGAUAA